CUCCCAUUGGCCCCUCCUGACUGCUGCAGGGACUGGGCAUCUUUAAAGGGCAGCCAGCAAGGUCUGAGUUGGGCACACGAUCUCUCUGACUCCUAUCAAAAGCUGCUGUGGUGGCUGCCUCUCUCUGCAGGACCACUGCCUCACAAAGCCAGGACCAUGUGCAACCGAUUUGUGGGGACCUGGAAACUCAUCUCCAGUGAAAACUUUGAUGACUAUAUGAAAGAACUGGGAGUAGGCUUAGCUUCCCGGAAAUUAGGUGGUCUGGCAAAGCCCGACGUGAUCAUCAGUAUGAAAGGGGACAUAGUAACCAUCAGAACUGAAAGUACCUUCAAAAAUACAACAAUCUCUUUCAAAUUGGGCCAGCAGUUUGAUGAAACAACAGCAGAUGACCGGAAAGUCAAGAGCAUUGUAACCCUGGAGAAAGGGGCCUUGGUGCAAGUGCAGAAGUGGAAUGGCAAAGAGAGCACGAUAAAAAGAAGACUGGUUGAUGGGAAGAUGGUGGUGGAGUAUUCCAUGAAAGGUGUUGUCUGCACUAGGAUCUAUGAAAGAGUGUGAAGAAAUUCCCUCUCUGCACUGGACUGGGACUGGCUCCUAAAAUUUUGCUCAGCUCAGUGACCAAAGCCUCAUGCACUGUGCUUCUGUGUUUUCUUAUUUCCUUUUAGCAGGAAAGUGACUACACUAUAAUUUGAUAUUUCAGAGCCAUAGUAUAACCAAUCCAAAAUAUUGUGGUGAUCCAAUAAAAGCUUCUCAACACAUGAAA